AUGUUGAUGACCCCUACUCCAAAGGCUGUUUUGAGAAUCCUUCCCAAUAGAUCUCAAUUCUUUCGGUACAAUUCAGUUACGCUGAGCUGCGCGGACGACAAGAACUCUUCUGACUGGAGAGUAAAGAGAAACACGAACAACAGCAGAAGCGAGGAGUGUCCAUCAACCUGGGGGAAGAGGAAUGGGUCACACUGUUCAAUCGAUGACGUUUACCCUUUUGACAGCGGGCAGUACUGGUGUGAGUCCGCAACCGGAGCAUGCAGCGAAGUUAUUAAUGUUACCGUGACAGAUGGCCCUGUGAUCUUGGAGAGUCCUGUCCUUCCCGUAACAGAGGGGGAUGCUGUGAUCCUGCGCUGCAUCCUUAACGAGGCCUCCUCCUCCUCCAACCUCACUCAGUUUUAUAAAGAUGGCCGCCUGAUUGGGAGCAGCUCAGCUGGAAUCAUCACCAUCCUUGAUGUCUCCAAGUCUGAUGAAGGCCUCUAUAAGUGCGACGUUACAGGAGCUGGAGGAUCUCCAGAGAGCUGGCUGUCAGUCAGAGGUAGCAAGCCUGAAUCUUUUCGCUCUCAUCCCACAUACGUGUUACUUCCUGUUGUUGCCGCCUGUCUCUCGUUUGCCUCUGUGAUGCUGCUAUACCUCUGGAGGAAUCUUAAAGCUAAAGCGGACCAUGACGUGCCCUACACUGAUGUCACCUUCCAACAGAGAGUGCUGCCGAAGACAAAUUCAGAGAUGGCAUCUGAACCAGCACUGUACUCAACAAUCAAACAUGGAGCUUUCUAGGAGAAUCCCACCUGAAAUGAUCAAGUGUGAAUUUCUUGUUAGACUUCUACGUCUUUUAUCUGAUAUGUUUUCACUUUUUUAAUAAGAAAACAGAUUCUUGCUGAUGUUAAAAUGUGCUUUUUAUGCAACCAGGUAUAAAAAAAGUCCUUUGCAUAUCCAAAAUUGUCUGAAACAACAUGUGUUGAUGUUUUAAAAUUGAAACAAAACAUGAAAUAUUUUUAAAGAUCUCGAGACAAGCUACUAUGAGACCUUGCAGUGGUUUUCUAAAAAAAGUUCUCAAACUCUAAAUAUUAUAUUCACGUGGUGUCCUGAUGCAUCUCAAUAAUCCAGAUCAAAAAAGUCAAAAAUUAUUGAAUACGUCGGCUGGACUGGUUCUUCUUUGUUGAAACAUUUAGUCUCUUCCCCAAGAAACUUUUUCAGUUGGAAGAGUUACCCAUAAACUCAGCUUUAUAAGCCAUCCCUUCGCAUAGUGGCUCAAUGAUUGUGACAAUCAAAACUUGUUGCUCACAUGCAAAAGGAGGAUAAUCGGGCUCCUAAUCAAUCAUUACUGCUGUGAUUGUCACUUACUGUUCCCAGGCGGCUGAGUGAAACUCGCA